AACUGCACGAGUGGGGGGGCAGACAGCGUCGCACCGCCACCGCAAUCGCAGCGACGUUGCCCUAAAACCCGUCCCGAAAAAGCCUCAGCUCGACCUCUGCUCCUCCGAGCGCCAUGGGCAGCUUCGGGAAUGGCCCCGCCGCCGGCGACCGUACGGGCCCCCCCCACGGCGGCGGCCCCGUGGCGGUGGACAAGGGCGUCGACUUCGCCAACUACUUCUGCACCUACGCCUUCCUCUACCACCAGAAGGAGAUGCUCUCCGAUCGCGUCCGCAUGGACGCUUACUACAGCGCCAUCUUCCAGAACAGGCACCAUUUCCUCGGAAAGGCUGUGCUGGAUGUAGGAACAGGAAGUGGUAUUCUUGCAAUAUGGUCAGCACAAGCUGGUGCAAGGAAGGUUUAUGCAGUUGAGGCGACAAAGAUGUCAGAGCAUGCCCGAGCUCUUGUAAAAGCAAAUAACCUUCAAGACGUCGUCGAAGUGAUUGAGGGUUCAAUGGAGGAUGUUAGUCUCCCUGAGAAAGUUGAUGUGAUCAUAUCAGAAUGGAUGGGAUACUUCCUUCUGCGUGAAUCUAUGUUUGAUUCAGUGAUUUGUGCACGUGACCGCUGGCUGAAGCCAACUGGAGUCAUGUAUCCUAGUCAUGCUCGAAUGUGGAUGGCUCCUAUCAGGUCUGGGUUGGUGGAUCAAAAAUUGAAUGACUACGAAGGAUCCAUGGAUGACUGGCACUGUUUUCUGGACGAUACUAGGACUUGUUAUGGUGUCGAUAUGAGUAUCUUGACCAAACCAUUUGCCGAAGAGCAGAAAAAAUGGUAUCUCCAGACUUCCUUGUGGAACAACCUUCAUCCGAAUCAAGUUAUAGGGACAGCGGCCACUGUAAAGGAGAUAGACUGUUUGACUGCCACUGUAAAUGAUAUUGCAGAAGUUAGAUCAAAUUUCUCAUCAAUAAUCAAAUGUAAUACGAGGCUUUGUGGUUUUAGUGGAUGGUUUGAUGUCCAUUUCCGGGGAAGAAUGGAAGAUCCAGCUCAGAAAGAGAUUGAGUUAACUACAGCACCUAGUGUGGACAAUGGCACUCAUUGGGGACAGCAGAUCUUCCUAUUAGGGCCCGCCAUUGUAGUUUCUGAAGGGAAUGAUGUUGAUGUUUCGUUUGCUAUGACCCGUUCAAAGGACAAUCAUCGAUUAAUGGAGGUUGAGCUGGAUGGCAGAAUCAAGCAACCCACUGGCGAUCUGCUUCAGCCUUUCAGAAAAUUGUUUUAUGUUGAAUGAGACAAUGAAAGUUCCAAAACGAUUAUUUGGGUUCAGCUUUAACUGCAGAGCCUGAGUUUCGGGAUCACGCAACCUACUGUGUUUUGGAGCACAGGUCCUCAGGUUCUGGGUUGACAAGCUCUCUUUGGAGGUUUUUGCUGUUUUUUUGACACUCAAUAUUCUAAGUCAUACUGUUGUAACUCUUUAAUUAAAUGAUGUACGAUUGUUUUGGGAGAAAGGAUGCUCCUACUAGAAUUCCAAUGAUUUUCUUCUUCUGGAAUCUGUAAAUAGGGUUGUUGCUCCAAGGAAACAACUAUAAAUGUGCUGUAGAUCUUUUAUUCCUCUGCAAGCUAAUAUCUUCAUGCUGAGCAAUAUUUUAAA